AUGCGCAUCGCAUCCACGCUGCGCAUUGCGGCUCUGUUCGCCUUACCCUUUGUUUCAGCUCAAGACAACGAUAGCGACUCAAUCGCAUCCCCCGGUGUGGGCAACAGCGACUGCCCCAAGAUUGCACCUGGGCCGGUGAGCUUCAGCUAUCUGGUGGGGCUUUUCACGCCUCAGACUCUCCCUGAUCCAAUUGCGACGGAAUCUGUUCGUCAGACUCUGGCGCUCUAUGCGCUCGCCAUCGAUGGUCGCAACUACGAAGUGUUGAGAAAGGUGUUCACUACUGACGCCCGUGCCAACUACUCUGACCCCAUCGGUGUACUGAAUGGUGUACAAGCUAUCAUUGACAACCUGGCGCCCAGUCUGAACAACUUUGUCUCCACUCAGCAUCACCUGGGCACGCAAAUGAUUCACAUCUGCAGUCUUACCAGCGCUGUGUCUGUUACAUACUUUCAGGCUACGCACUACUUCACCCCCUACACCGGCGUUGCGAACCCGGUAGACAAUAGCAAGGUCUUGAUCGACAAGGCUCAGUAUCAAGACACGUGGGCCAGGCAGAAGGAUGGAAGCUGGAAGAUCACCAACCGUAACUUGGUGCGGAUGGGUCCUGCCACACUCGACGGCGGCUUUCCGACUUCGUAA